GUACUUUGUGUUUGCACGAGUUUCAUCUCCCGCUUGCUGUUGGGGGGGUGAGGGACCCCGUAACACGACCCAGAAACGGCAAAAAGCCCCAGGCGUUAAUCAGGACUCGGAUUCAUCUCCACCCCCCAUCUCGACCUCUUUCUUUCCCCUCCCCAACUUCCAUCCUUCACACAGCUUCGUUCUGCUGCUAAAGUCAUCGCCUCCUACAUCUGUCAGGUUCGCUUCUCUGAGCUCUAUCUGAAUCUCACCUUUGAAUCCAUCUCCGCCUCGAAAUCCGUCAUCAUGCCCGGAAUCCCUCUCCACGCCCUCGACAACCUCAAGGCCAAGCUCAAGGCCGCCUUCAAGAAGAAGAGCGAGAAGGAGCCUGCCGCCGAGAGCAAGCCUACCGAGACUACCACCGAGCCCACCAAGACUGAGGCUGCUGCUCCCCCAGCCCCAGCCACUGAGCCCGCCGCCCCCGUUACUGAGCCCGCCAAGGAGGAGGCCAAGCCCGAGGCCGAGACAAAGCCAGAGGCUCCUGCUGCUGCUACCGACGCUGCCAAGACAGAGGAGGCUGCUCCUGCACCUGCUACUGAACCUGCUGCUCCGGCCGCUGCCCCGACCACCGAAGCCGCUCCCGCUGCCGAGCCCGCCAAGACGGAGCCCGCCCCAGUCGCUGCCCCGGCCGCUGCUCCGGCCGUUGCUCCGGCCGUUGAGACUCCCGCUCCCGCUCCGGCUGCCGUCCCCGCUCCUGCUCCUGCUCCCACCGAGGCUGCUCCCGCCGCCGAGGCCCCUAAGGAGGAGAAGAAGGAUGCCGACCCGCCAGCUCCCGCUCCCGCUCCUGCUGCCGCCUCUUAAAUGCCCCCUUAUGAUUGCUCUUUUUUAAUGCUGCCAGAUGGAGACAUCUAUCUUGCUUUUACCUCAACGACAGCGGCCAUGCUGAAUCGAGCAGACUGCACUCCCGCAUCUGGUCGAUGGCGGCUGCCUUAGAGAUGGAUUUCCUAGUUACUUAGUAGUCUCGGCUUGCUUAGAUGUUUCCUUUUUGUUCUAGCAGCUGGCUGGAUACCCCGGAGGGAGAAGUGUCGCGACAUGUUUUUUUCAAAUCUAUACCCUGCUUUUUAUAUCUAAUGCACAAACACUCUCCAUG